AUGCUGCUCGCGUGCUGAUCCAACUGCUCAAAGCAUCCGCAAUCACAAUGGGGUCCACAGCCUUUGGCAACUUUGACGACUUCUGCAAGGAUUCAACCUUGCCGAUCUGUAACUUGCUAUCACAACAAUUCAAGAACCAGACCGGUCCUUGGGGAGGAUGUACGCUCACGGGAAUCCCGCUCAGCGGCGGCCGACAUCUGGGUAAUCUUGGAUCGAUCAUUCUUUGUGGCCUCGGGAUUGCCAUGGCGUCGUUCCUCAUUAUCAAGUCGGACAAGAAAAAGGCCGCCGUCGGCCGUCGUGAGAUUCAACUAUUCCUACUCAGCUAUAUCCUAGUCAGCAUCUGCGAGAUCUUUUCGGUCGGCGAAAUCCCCCUUGGAAAGACUGUGCGAGUAGUUUUCAGCGCAAUUCACAUUGGCAUGAUUAUCGCGUCUACUUGGAUCCUGAUGCUCAACGCCGUUGUUGGGUACCAGCUGCUCGACGACGGAACCCCCUUGUCCCUGGCGCUGCUUCUGAUAUCUGCAGGCGCCCUCUUUGUUGGCACUGGCUACAUUGCGCUCGACACUGGAUUCAGCUGGACCGGAUUCUGGGAUAGCAGCUAUCAACUCCCAAACCGCAACAUUGCCCUCUAUGUGCUGUACCAGCUGGUUCCCCUGAUCUUCAUCGUCGCCUUCUUCGUCCUCGAGACGGUUCUCGUCCUUCGAAUCCUGGGCGAGCUUCGUCCCAUGAUCUACUUGGCCGCUGCCGCCGUGCUCUUUGCCGCCGGCCAGGUUUUCAACUACGUCGUCAGCAAGUACAUCUGCGAUGGGACCAACGGCAAGAUCGACGGAGCCCUCUUCGAGACGCUAUUCACCCUGCUGGCCGUCGGCAUGGUCUGGGUUUUUUGGUCCAGCAUCACCGAGGACGACUGGCCCAUGCCCGCUACGGAGACCUAUACCUCGCCAGGCUAUUCCACUGCGACUGCGGGAUAUGCAAACACGGGAUACUCCAGCCAAGCCUACGCCGGCCCAGGCUACGCCUCCCAGUCGUACACUCCUCAAUCAUACAACACCCAACCGUACAACUCUCAGCCAUACAACUAA